AUGGUCGACAUUUCCUCUGCCCCUCUUCUAGCCCUUCUCCUUCUUCUACUCUCACAGACCCAAAUCCUACCGGCGACCAGCGACGGCGGCAACAAAACCGAUAUACUGUCACUCCUCCAACUCAAAUCCACACUCAUAGACCCACUUGGAGCUCUGAGCUCAUGGAACCAAACCCUCCAUUUCUGCCAAUGGCAGGGAGUAACCUGCAACAACGAAACCGAACAGAGGGUGACCCAAAUCGACCUCAAGCUAAACCAGCUCAGCGGCUCCAUCUCCCCACACAUCGGCAACUUGUCCUUCCUAACCCACAUCAUCCUCAACAACAACACCAUCUCCGGCGAAAUCCCGCCGGAAAUCGGCCGCCUCACCAGCCUCCAGCAGCUCGUGCUAGUCCAAAACUCAAUCUCCGGCACCAUCCCGCCGAACCUCUCCGCCUGCUCCAAUCUCACCAUGUUGCGAGUCGGCAACAACGGCUUGUCCGGCGAGAUCCCGACACAGCUCUGCAAUCUCAUGAACCUCCAGCUGCUCCAAGUGGCAAUUAGUGGCACUCGCCCUUUCCGUCAUCAUCACCGCAACAUUGUCGACGCCUCGCCGAUCAUCGUCAUUGCAGGAGAAAGACCACACAACUAG